UCUGGCAUACCGGGUGGAAGUUUGGUGCGAACAAACACCCAAUAACAAAAAGGUUUCCCGAUACAUGCACGAAUAAAAUCGAUUGAAUUAUCACAAAAAACUUAAUUGAUCGUUUUAGAUAUGUAUGAAUACAAUAAUACAAAUAAACUACAAAAGCACGGAUUAUUACAAAGUGAACUCGUUGAAAACGUAGCAUAUAUUAUGGCGCUUAAAAUGCAAGAGAAUGACACCUGAAAAUUGCAGAUUAUAUAAAUCCCCCAAUGUGAAAAUCUAAAGUGCGCAAAAAGUAAAAUGGAGUGGCAGACAAAAAGACAUAAGGUACUGAUUGUGAAAAGUGGGCUCUUAUAUAUAUAUAUAUUGAGCUGUUAGCAAAAAGUGCGGUAUGCAAGAAACAGCAAACAAAUAAGACAAAAUAGUUCAUCGAAACCUCAAAAAACUUUUUAGUGGCACUUGUGAACCAGCUAUGUGAUUCAAAAAAGAUUUAAUUCUGAUUGAUAACGUGUUAUUUAAACUAUAAUUCCAUUACAUACAGCCAUUUACAUCUGCUUACCCCACGGUACUGUGAUUCUCUUACUCCUGUUACGUAAAUACCUCUACUUCAACUCUUCACUUCAUCUCCGUAAUCUAAACACACUUCGUCGUUAUCCACUACAAAUUCUUCACUACAAAGCCACGUUUGAUCUUCGAGAAUCAAUAACAAAUGUUUUUGAAACAUGCCGAAGCAAGUCAAUGUACAAAAAACUUCUGCGAUAGACGACAGUUCUGUGAAAACGCAAGAGUCCACUUUGAAUGGUAGCGAUAACAUCAUAACCAUCAGCACCAGCAGCAUCGCCAACGAGUGUCAUUCAUCCUCCCUCAAAGAGGAUUCGCUGAAAGCUGUUUCAUUCAAUUCAGAAUUAGCUGCUAGUGACACUGCCACACGUCAGCAUUCCUGCACUCACCAAAAAUCCGCAUCAAUCUCAGCCGCCAACUCCGAAGAGCAUACUCAAAUCCGAUCUUCCGCCCACUGUUACGACUUGUCGCGCUGCAUUUCAUUUCAGGAAAAUAUCGCCAAUAUACACUAUCGUCGUGGCCGCCGUCUGCAUGGCUUUCAAUUGCCGCUACAUCCGCUACAGGUUUUCGGUUGGCUUGUACUGUUACUCUUUGGUAUUUCCUCGUUCUUGGUGUUGAUACCGUCGUUCACAACUGAAAUUCAAGGUCUGCUUUACGGUCUUAUUUCGGGUCUAUAUGUAGUGCACAUUGCCUCUCAUUUAGCUGCACUCCUAAUUGAUCCCGCGGAUCUUGAGCUCCAACGUGUCCAUCGUAACGAUCGCAUUGUGCCGGAGUUCGACCGCAAUAAGCACGCACAUGUCAUUGAGAACGGCCGAUGCCAUUUGUGUAACAUACGCACCUCGUCACCGCGUACGAAACACUGUUCGGUCUGCAACAAGUGCGUUGGCAAAUUCGAUCAUCAUUGUAAAUGGUUGAAUCACUGUAUCGGUUCGCGUAACUAUGUGGCAUUUCUAAUGUGCGUUGUCAGUGCAGUGAUUGCGACGGUGGUGAUUGUUGUGGCCGUAGUAGCCCAAAUCGUACUCUAUAAUGUGCACCCCGAGUGGGUAAACUUCUGGCCUCUUACAGCCGAAAAUAGAGAAAGCGGUGGGGUAGAAAACCCCACUGCCGUUCUUUUCAUCCCCAAUGAUAAUACGAUUUAUGACCCAAAUGUAGAAGCUGCCAGUGUUACACACAACUUUGAUUUCACCGCAAAUGUCACUAACAAUGUCACAGAGUAUAUGCUGGAUAACGAUUUACUGUCGGGUAAUGCGACUUUGUCAAUACUCGCUGAGGAUGUAAGUUUGUCAAUUGCAGUGAACGAAACACUGCUGUUGAGCUUGAACCAGACGUUCACUGUCACAGAGCUGGCUUUGAAUGCUGCAGGUGAUAUUUCCUUCAACAAUGUGUCAGCUGCCACAAUCGCUGGUAUUAGUGAAACAAUAUUCCUGGUGCUAAUUGGAUUUCUCGGAUUCUUAGCUGCUAUCGCUGCUGGUCUUCUUCUGCACCUUUGCUUUUUCCACAUAUACAUUUCUUUUCUUGGCCUUACAACCUACGAAUAUAUACGCAACCAUCGCCAAGCACAAGAAAAUAAAGCAAAACAAACGAUCUCAAACCUGUCAAAAGAAGGUCGUCAACAUUUCCCUUUGACUCCUUCUAAAAAUAAUAGUGAUUCCGGCCAAAUUUUUUUCUGCUCCAGUGUAAGACAUCCGAAUGCCAUAAAUACGGCUGACAUGCAUUAUUUCGAAGCUCGUAAUCCGCUUCCGAAGCAUGAAGAGAGUUCGCCACCGAAGUUGCACUGCUGUGUAAAUUCCGAAGAAUAUCACCAGUCCGCUAUGAAGACUUACUAUAUUUGUUCAUUGCUUGAGGAGAAUGCUACAAACUCGCCGUUUGGAAUAUCACAUAUUAGCGAUAGUGGAAGUUGCAGAGACGGAAAUUUGCAUGGCGGGAGCGAAACGUCUGAAGUAAUAGACAGUGACUAUAAGACCUUCCAUUGUUAUUCUUCACUUCAUGCCCUGGCGACCGAGCGCCGAGUAAGCGCUGCCACGUCCAAAGCCACAUUGGUUAGUGACCUAGAGGCCGGUCAUAGCCGGAGGUCAAAUCAGCAGUACACUGAGCAAUGUACAUUGUGCACUUUUCGAAUACGCAGUCCCAUAGUGAGCAAACGUGUCGGAGAUGUUAGCUCUCGUUCAGCAAGUGGUAUUCACCAUAGUUCACAAAGUCACAUGGAAUUGAGUCCAAUGCCGAGAACCAUUUUAGAAGGCUCGAAAGGGGUGAGUAGUGGGCAUCAACGUUGCUGUAUGAAGUCAAUAUCGAAAAAUCAGAGUUGGUGUCGAAGAUGGAACUGCUGCUCGAAUGUGCCUGACAGUCCUGAUGUUCCCAAUGACCUUAUCGCUGCAUUGGCGGUGCCUCAUAAACACACCAGAAGCAGAAAUAACAUGAAGCCUACAGAAAUAUCAGUGCAGUUCAAAAAAAAAGCGAAUGGAAGUGGGGACAGGGACAGUCCAAGCAGUAGCCGUCCAACUUCUCCACGUAGUGCCAAUCUCAAUUCGAACUCUCGAGUGCCUAUUUCUCGUACCUGGCCGAUGCCACGACUGCUACACAUGAUGCGUAUGCUGAGUCGUUUUAGGCGCAUGCGCUGCCGCCAACCUGGCGGUAAUGGCGCUGUUGGCAGCAUCAACGAACGCCAAGUGAAACAUAAUCAAAUCCGGCCAUUACAUUUAAAAACCAGCAGCAAUGGCGUUUACAGUCAUCAUCAUCUUAUUCACCAGCAAAAACAUUUUAACGAUAGUAGCUCUCCACAGCCGCCCUCAUCCACAACGACCACAUCUGAGUGGAGCGAUCAGAGUAUGUACAGUGACUCCAGUAAUCUUACAACGCCACCUGGUCAAACGCCCAAUGCAAUCAAGACCAUCCUGCCUACAUCAGUGAUACGUGACGACACGUCCAUGACUUAUACGACAUCGAUAGAAAUCACAACUCCGCCAGCAUUGCCUCCUCCUACGCGUCGUAAAAUACCAAGUCCUACAAAUCUUGUGGAACUCGCAGACACUCUCAGCUUCGUCUCCCAUUCGCCGGGUAGAAGUUCGUUAACUUUAUCGCCAGCCCAAAGGCUCCCAACCCUCAGCAACGUGUAUCGCCGACAACGCCGCAAACAUUUCUUGCGCACGCGUUCACCAACUUUAUCGCCAAUACACGAAACGGGACUUUCUAACCCAACAUCACCACAACCCGGUCGUCACAUCACUGUCACAUCCAGCUCAACUGUUGCUGCAUCGGGAAGCUUAGGCGACUCAACCGAGUUGACUAGAGAGGAUUCAUCGUAUAGUUCAAAAAAUAGUGUUAGUUCUAACCCCAGCAGUACAUAA